AUGUCCAGCGAUUCUAGCAGCCAGCCGAUAGCCGGCAUUCACACUUUUGAGCUGCCAUCCGUGUGGCUCGGUGACAUCGCGUUGUGGCUGCGUACUGCAGAGUCACGAUUCGCCCUCCGUCAAAUCACUCGAGAGGAUACGAAAUUUCACUAUGUUGUGGCAGCACUCCCAAUGGACAUCGCCACCGACCUCCGCGACAUCAUAGAUUGCCCGCCCACAGAAGCCCCUUAUACUGCCCUAAAGGAGGCUCUCAUUUCCCGCAUUUCCCUCUCAACGCAAAAACGUCUCCAACGCUUAAUUUCUGAGGAGGACCUCGGUGACAGGAAGCCUACGCAGCUUCUUAGGCGUUUGGAGCAGUUGGCAGACGGACAAAAGCUGGAUGCCACCAUGUUCAACUAA